AUGAGAGAUUGUAACUACACAGGCUCAUACAAGAAUCUCUACACCCACGUCAGUGCUAUACACCAAGACGACCUAAUUCUGUUUACGUGGGACACUUCUUUAAAAGUUCCUUGGAGCACAAGCAAGAAGACUACUGUUUUUCAAGAAAAGAAAGAUGGGGAAUUGAUUGUGAUGCAAGUUUUUAGCGGAUCGCACGGUUUAACAGUUAGUGCUAGCUGCAUUGCGCCUUUGGCACCGAUACAAGGUGUAAUAUCUUGCAGUUUGAAACUUGGAAACUCGGCUGUUAGACUGAAGCAGGCAUUGGUGCUUAAGAAGAUUCAGAGAGUGAGUGAUGAAGAGCCUGAAGACGGUUUUCUGUUGAUUCCUUCGUAUUUGUUGCCUAGUGAUGGGAAUUGGAAGAUGAGGAUUUGUAUCAGCCGUGGCUUGACCCGUGUGAAUCACUUGUGA